AAGACUCUUGUAGUCUACUUCUGCCACACUGAGCUCAGCGCGUGGAUACAGAGGCAGCUCGAUACAGCCUGUAGUGUGUCUUCUGAAAUACGCUGGGAUUAUUUUAACGCUGUCCUGCAGGAGUGACAUAAACAGAAAGACAUAAGCAGGUCUCAGCAGACCCCAUUUAAAGGAAUUUAAUUCAUGUUUUCUGCGUGAGUUGCGCCCCGUUCAGCCGACAAAGUUGAUUUCUUCUCCACGGUCCCACGAAGUCAUCACAUGAUAAUGUGACUGCACAUAGAACCAUGGUGAAAACUGUAUGGAAAUAGAAAUCCUCUUUCCAGCAAGGCAAAAGGAAUUAUUUCUUUGUGGAAUUACUCUUUUCCAAGCUCUCUUCAGGAAUUGUGGCCAAUAUUUAAAGACAUUUCUCCAGAAUGGCAUCCAGCCUCACAUGUACAGGGAUGAUCUGGGCUCUGGUGUCCCUGUUGAGCGCAGCAGCUUCCUGCGUGGGCUUCUUCAUGCCCUACUGGCUGCUGGGCUCACAGAUGAAUAAGCCAGUGUCCUUUGGUACUUUCCGGCGGUGCUCGUACCCCAUUCGGGACGAAGAGAGGCAGGCUACGGUCAUGCUGGAGCAGUGCGGACGCUAUGCAAGCUUUCAGGGUAUCCCGAGCGUGGAGUGGAGGAUUUGUACAGUCGUGACGGGGGUUGGAUGCGGCCUGUUGCUGCUGGUGGCACUUACGGCGCUCAUAGGCUGCUGCAUAUCAGAACUCAUCUCCAGAACCAUUGGACGUGCAGCCGGGGGCAUACAGUUUCUUGGAGAGAUGAAUGAUGUUUCCCUUUGUGAUGUGAAGUCCUGGAAAGCCUUACAGAAUUACGCAAUUUAAUCACAUCUUUUAUAAAUCAAAGGUUCCUUGUCAUGGUCUCGUUGGUCAGAACUGCCUCGAGGUUCUUAUAAAUUGGUUCUAAGAAAUUGAAA